AUGACAUUGGAUUUAUUAUCAGGACUUUCCCGGGACCUCGGUUGGCUACUUGACGAGUCCGAUGAUCACGACAUCAUAAUAUACGCCGGCGAAGUACCCAACACCAAAGGCUUCAAAGCUCACACUAAUAUCCUGCGUGCUCGGUCGUUAUAUUUUCGUGCUGUAUUGUCAAGCAAACCUUCCAUACAAGAAUAUAAAAAUAAUAACAAUCAUUCUUUGGCGACCCCAACCUCACCGGUUUUUGUGGCACCCCCCCACACUGCCGCGGGAAAUUAUAAAGAAUGGUAUCAAUUGAAUAUCUCUCCGGAGACAUUCGGGGUCAUGUUGAAAUUUAUGUAUAGUGGAAGGAUAGAUCUAGAGGCAGAAUCCGAUACUCAAAAAAUCAUCGAGUAUCUCUUUGCCGCCGACACCUUGUGGCUCUAUCAAUUGCUAGAACACCUUCAAAUAUAUCUGAUCCAUAACCGUUCUAAAUGGCUUCAGCAGAAUUUUGUCCGUGUCUACUCAUUACUUUACAAGAAUACUACCACCUUCAAAAAACUUCAUCAAUUCACUCAGUCCAUACUCUUCACUCAACCCCACGUCCUCUUCGACUCUCCAGAAUAUCAUACCUUAACUCCGGAGAUGAUCAUCUCCCUGUUGAAAAAAAAUUAUGUGCAGCUCGAGGAAAGCGAGAUUUGGGCAAAGGUUUUGGAAUGGGGUAUAAGACAGAAUCCGGAGAUCACUUCCAAUAGGGAUGUCGGUAAUUGGGGUCCAGAGAAUAUUGCUUGCUUACAAAGAACAUUGUCAGCCAUUUUGCCACUGAUAAAAUUUGAGAAAAUGAGUUCCGAAGGUUUUAACGAAAAAGUUCGACCGUACAAAUCCAUCUUUCCAGUCGAAUUAUACGAAAAAAUAACUAGAUUCCAAAAUAUUGGCGACGUUUCCAUGGUCCCUUUGAAUCCAACACCUGAAAAUUCGAAACGUCAACACGAUUUACGGACCGUAUCACCAAGCAAUGAGACGAAGGUUUCCUCUUCAAAAUCGAUCGUCCCGCUCUCAUCGCCCACGUACUUAACACCAGAAAUACGAGUAACUUCUGUAACUCGCUCUACCUCCCCCAUAGUUAGACCCAUCUCACCAGAAUUUUACACAACUUCACCGGAAGCUUUGGUAACUCGUUCCACAUUACCAAUAAUCCUUUCCCCACCUCCAGAUCCUGCUGCCCCCUUCCCAACAAAUAUACCGCCAAAGCCGGCAAUAAAAAAAAAAGUCUGUUAUGAAGCUUCGUCACUGGUCUCCUAUAAAGCUCAAAAAAACUCGACCAUCAUCUCCAGAACUCAACUGGCUCUGAUAUCCGGUUGGAUCGAUGGAAGAGAUUUAUCAUCACCCGAAGAUGCUUCCUACAGCAUUUCUAACGUUCCUUACAAAUUCAAACUAUUGUGCCGGGGAUCUCGGCACGGAUUCAGCGAUAAGAUGUUUCACAAACGAUGCGAUAACCAAGGGCCCACGGUCACCGUGAUCAAGAUCAAGGGCAUCGAGGGGAUGAUAAUUGGUGGGUAUAACCCUUUGAAUUGGCAAUCACCGUGGAUUCGGAAGUUCGAGAAAUGCCAUCAUAGUUUUAUAUUUUCCAUUCGCACCGAUGACUCGGAAAAGAGAACGAACUUGGAAAAAAACGAUCAUGACAAGAUUGUCAUAGGCAAUGAUGGUAGUAUAAAUCGUAAUUUGAUAGUGAGCACUACACCGGUGAAAACAAAAUCGGUGUUCAGCAGGGCAGAGUUAUCCAAGUAUGCCAUCAGCCUGCAUCGAUCCACGGGUCCAGCAUUCGGGACCACAGAUUUGGUAUUGAAAGACGGAAUCGUGAAGUGCAAGCCCGAGUGUUACAUGGUGGACUUACUCAAGGACAAUGGCACGGGGAAAGGUUCUCAUAAAAAAAACAAAAAUUACAAGAAAAGCUACGAAGAAAUUUUCGAGAAUAAUCCGACGGUCGCGGGUCCUAGCAUGGCACACAAGAAGAGCGAUAGUAGUUUUAACAGUGGUGAAGAUAAAGUUGGACACAUGACUCAUCGAUUUAAUAAAAGUACCAGUGAUUUUGCGGUUAGCAUUUUUAGUGGCGACCUGAAUAUCAAUAAAAUCGAUUCUCAAGAUAAGAUCAAUAGCCCCGACAUUUUAAGUGGGUUGAUCUUUAAUAAUAGCCAUAGUGAUAUUGAAGGCUUUAAAGAUAAUUGUGUUGAAAAUUACGAUGCCAACGAUCAGAGCUACCUGGAAUUUGAUGAAGAGGCCGAUCCGCUGGGAAAACCUAAUCAUUUCCUGGUGGAGGAAUAUGAAGUGUAUGCGGUUAUGAAUAAAAAAACGUUAAUGUAA